AUGCUGGUUACGUAAUAAAAAAAACCCAAGAUAUUGUCCUUCACGAUUUAACAAACCGGAGUGAGGAUCAGGAACUUAAUCAGGACACUUGACCUAUGGUUAGAAUCCCAUUAUAAAUAUAAAUAUGGUUGGACAUGGUUAUAAAUUAAAAGGGGGACUAAAGUAAAGGAAACUUUUUUCGCAGGAGGGCAACAGAAGAAAACAGGAGCCCGGUUGAUAGUAGACUUCACCGUUCUGCCGAGGAACCCCAGACCUCCCCCUAAGAUUAGCAGCUGUUUGAGAGAUCUGCAGUGCCGCUUGCCUCAUAAAAAUCUCGAGAAGGCGCAUGCCAUAUAUGCCAGACAAUUGACGACCGAAAAGCUCACGGCAACAGCACAAUCAACGGCACAAUAUUGAGAAGGCGCAGGGAACGCGCCAAAAAGUCUGUCAUCAGCCCGGGGGACGGGGUAGGGGGGUAGCACGCAGCAGGAAGAAGGGAGGACCGAUUUAGGCAUGGUGAGCCUCCUCUUCCUCUUCCUCUUCCUCGUAUUCCUGGUCGGCGGUGGCGUCCUGGUACUGCUGGUACUCGGCGACGAGGUCGUUCAUGUUGCUCUCGGCCUCGGUGAACUCCAUCUCGUCCAUGCCCUCGCCGGUGUACCAGUGGAGGAAGGCCUUGCGGCGGAACAUGGCGGUGAACUGCUCGCUGACCCGGUGGAACAUCUCCUGGAUGGAGGUGGAGUUGCCAAUGAAUGUCGCAGCCAUCUUGAGGCCCUUGGGCGGGAUGUCGCACACGCUGGACUUUACGUUGUUUGGGAUCCACUCCACAAAGUAGGACGAGUUCUUGUUCUGCACGUUGAUCAGCUGCUCGUCGACCUCCUUGGUGCUCAUCCUCCCCCUGAACAUGGCCGAGGCGGUGAGGUAGCGCCCGUGGCGCGGGUCCGCCGCGCACAUCAUGUUCUUGGCGUCCCACAUCUGCUGGGUGAGCUCCGGCACCGUGAGCGAGCGGUACUGCUGCGAGCCCCGCGAGGUCAGCGGGGCGAAACCCACCAUGAAGAAGUGCAGCCGGGGGAAGGGGAUCAGGUUCACCGCCAGCUUCCUCAGGUCGGAGUUCAGCUGCCCAGGGAACCGCAGGCAGCAGGUGAUCCCGCUCAUAGUGGCCGAGAUCAGGUGGUUGAGAUCCCCAACUGGAGCGAACACAGAGGGCAAGGGACAGGAGAGAGGGGGGAUCAGACACUCGAGCCGAGAAGGAAAGGGAGGAGAGAGAGACGACUUACAGGUGGGGGUAGCGAGCUUAAGUGUGCGGAAGCAGAUGUCGUAGAGGGCUUCGUUAUCCAGGACCAUGCACUCAUCGGCGUUCUCCACGAGCUGAUGGACUGAGAGGGUGGCAUUGUACGGCUCCACAACGGUGUCGGAGACCUUUGGCGACGGGAAGACCGAGAAGGUAAGCAUCAUGCGGUCCGGGUACUCCUCCCUGAUCUUGGAGAUGAGGAGAGUCCCCAUGCCGGACCCUGUGCCACCCCCCAACGAAUGGCAAACUUGGAAUCCUGUGUCGUCACGAAAAGGGAGAGAAAAGGACCAAUGGAGAUCAGCAUGUGUGCUAUCAUAGAUAAUCCACGUCUGUCCUCCAGCAAAUUCACCAGGCCUCACAACGAAAUUAUCCAGUUAGAACAAUUAAUCAAGUAACGUAUCCAAUGAGAUUCACAGUAAAAGGAUGUAGGCAGGGUUUUGGCAGUGAAAGGAACUAGAAUAAAUACCCGACCCGAUCACGGUCAACAAUAGAUGCACAUGUAACCCAUGUGUCUCAAAAUACUGCGAUUACCAGGCCUCAGGACGUGAUUAAUUCUCAUGUGGAAAUCCAUCAAAUAAUGUAGGCAAUACUCUCUACGUCAUCACAGGCCAGUCCACUUUAUCCUCGUCCUCCUAGAGAACGAGGCAAUAAUAUCUACGUCAUUUAAGGCCUCUCCUCGUCCUCUCACUGGAGGAACUUCUGUACCUUACCAACUAGCGCAUAGAAAACUACUGUAAAUCCCGAAAGAACAAUAAAAAACUGACGCAAGCUAUGAUCUAUAGAGGGAUUAGCAUCAUAUUAGUAAAGAAGUAGAAAUGAAAUGAGAAAGAAAACAAAGAGGUAGACAGAGAGUAACAGGAAAACGCUUGAUAACUGAUGAAAAAUGGAGAACAGGCACUAUCAUUUUUCUUUUGCAAUCUAGCAUCAGAAUUACCCACAAAUCAACAGAACCAGCUUAGUAAAAAGAUCAACAACUUCAACUUCUUCCAUCGUUGGGGAACGAUGAGAUCUAUGGACGAUUGGAAUGGCUUGAAUAUUCCAGACAGCAAUCUAAAUAACAACACACUAAAACGACGAUUAGACAGAAAUGACACGAUCCCAACGAAAAAAUACUUCAGAUUCAUCAAUGUAUGACAAUUUUACCCGUGUCUUCAUGCUAUUAAGCUAAAUGUUAAGGUUUAACAAGAAAAAAAAAGGGUAAAGCCGUAUUCCUAUAUUUUUAAAAUUGAAAAAGGGAAAAACAUCGCGAUAGCCGACCCGAUCAAGCGCAAAAAGCAAUAACCAUUCAGCGCAUCCAGAUGUUAUUUAUAUACCUUGAAGACAGUCACAAUUCUCGGCCUCCUUGCGGACAACGUCGAGGACUGAAUCAAUCAGCUCAGCGCCCUCCGUGUAGUGACCCUUGGCCCAGUUAUUCCCGGCACCGGACUGCCCGAACACGAAGUUAUCCGGACGGAAGACCUGGCCAAAAGGUCCGGAGCGGACGGAGUCCAUAGUGCCAGGCUCUAGGUCCAUAAGCACCGCCCGGGGAACGUACCUCCCCCCACUCGCUUCAUUGUAGUACACGUUGAUGCGCUCUAG